AAGGAAACGUACGUCAAGUACUGUUAUGUUUCAUCCUAUUUAAUCAGAUUUACUUUUCAUUUACCAUUAUUCUCAUGAUCUGGUUUAUAGUUUUAUAGAAUGAAAGGGAUGGAAGUCAACACUACUCAUAGCUUUUUUAUGGAUAUUAAGAAUUCAACCAUUACAACAGGUUCAUAUCACUUAAAUACAACAGACAACAACAAUCUUGUGGAAAUAGAUCUCCAGAAUUUCCUAAACAACGACAUUCCAGUAAUGUCUAUUCUUAGUGUUCUUUCGUUACUUGGAGUUAUCGGGAAUCUUCAUGCUAUUGUCAUAUUUCGUAGGUACCCGGUAUCUCCCGUUACAAUUCUAAUCUUAUGGAUGGUUGUGGUUGAUUUCGUAACGUGUUUCGUGUGUAUUCCUCUAGAACUGGUGCAGAUACGCUUCAAAUACACAUAUCCAUCAGAUGUAUUAUGCAAAUUUACUCGUUUUCUUACUAAUUAUACGAGUUUUAUUGCUGGUAUCUUACUCAUUAUAAUAUCAGUUGAACGACGACAAAAAAUAUGCGCGCCAUUCCAGUGGCAGUUAUCUCUCGAAAGAGCUAAAAUAUUAGGGAUAGUUGUUACUAUAGUAUGUGCUUUUAUGUCUAUUCCGUCCGUCUUUUUAUAUGGCUUUUCAGAAAUAGUUGUAAAUGAUGCAGAAACAUUUGAUAAAGGUUGUACAUUCCUUAGAGGAAAGAAAAACUUAAUGCCAACAACCUACGCCAUAUUGGUUUUUGUCGUCUGCUUCAUAGGAUUCUUCAUAUGCGCUGUCGCUUAUAUUCAGAUUGUCAAUGUAAUAAGAAAACAACUUCGGGCAGAAAAAAACAGAACGACACAGUAUUUCGACGGAAUGUCUAACAAUGAAGAUCCAGCAUCCCCUGGACCAAGGACCAGAUCAGAGAGCCUUACUCCAGAAGCUUGGGACCAGUUCACUUCCACGAUACAAAGAAGAAAGACGCGACAAAAGCGCUAUAAAGACUCGAGAACUAUGACUAUAAUGCUAUUGAUAGCAACUGGAGUAUCUUUCGCUGGUUUCAUUCUACAUGUCUCUGCUGUUAUCCUACGAACAACUGACGCGUUAAAAGGUGUCCGAUCAAUAUACUCUGUUUUAGUUAGAGGCUAUUAUUUACAUAGUUCUGUUCAUCCAAUUAUUUACUUCAUUGUAGACCAACGAUUUAGGACUGAAUGUAAAAAGUUUUAUAGUAGUAUGAUAACGUCAUUGUCUGUUGAUAAAGAAUAACAUUUUUAA